UAACGGUUCCUGGCAAUGGCGGGGAUGAACCCGACGAGAAGAAAGCGACAACCCGCCCGUUAAAAUCGGUAGAUGCGUGCAAUUUUAUAUCCACCGGACCAGUUCCCGUAAACACCACCGGCGUUUAAUAUUUGAUUAGGUGAAGUGUUUUUUUAAAAUCUAAUCCCUUUAUUAGCUCAAUUUAAUUAGCUCAGUUCAAGCAAUCCACUGGCUACUGCUGAGCCGUCCCAUUCGGUGGUGGCGUCGACGUUGUUUUUGUUUUGUCUCUGCCUCGAUCUCUCUCGAAAUUCACAGCUCAGCUUUGCCCUGUAGUUCCCGAUUUCGUGUCCCCAUCAUGUUUCCCUCAUCCCCAGAGGACUAUUAGAUCGUAAAGGUUGGAGCUUUUUUCGCUACUGCUCCGCCGCUGUCGAAACCCAGAGAAAGACGGCUUCUUUGCUCGGUGUUUUAACAAUGGUCCAGAUAAGGGAAAAGCGUGGCGACCUGAUGCAGUGGCUUGGAGUUGACAUGCUGAUUCAGGUUCUGAUGCAUUUAAAUGACCCUUCUGAUCUCGUUCGCCUUUGUGCUGUUUCGAGUUCUUGGCGCCGGUUUGUGAUUGAACAUGGCAUCUGCAAGCAGCUCUGUUUGAGGAAGUUUCCUGGAAUGUGUAGCAACGUUGAUCUCAUUGAAGUGAAUGAUCUUAUUGAACCGGUUGGCCGGGUUAGUGCUUGUAGGAGGAGUUGGGAGUGGCUCAAGAGGAAUCAUAGAGUGUACGCUUUUCUGGCUCGUGGUCUUUCUCCAUUUGUGACGAAAGACUGCAUCUCGGAGGCAAUCUGUGCGUCCAGCACUGAUAAUUACCCGGAAGAGACGAUUCAGAAUACCUUGGAGGCAGGCGAUAGAGUUGAGGAUCAAGCCUCCUACUGGUCUAGUAAAGGUCAAGCUGAUGCUGACGCUCCUGAAAGAUUAGUUUACAAGUUGGCAUCCAAGUUAUGUCUUGUUACCGAAAUCCUUGUUCAGCCUUUUCAAGUCAUAAAGGCGUGGUGGUUUGGUGUAUCAGCCUACUUUCAGUAUGGAUUCCCUAUAUACGCAUCCAAAAGUGUUCGAUUUAGGCUCGGUCAUUCCAAGUUCCCAAUGGGGUUGGAGGAUGAUAUAGCGAUCGUUACCUAUGGCCAUAGACCGAGAGAUGACCAUUUUAUCUGGACUUACACCUCCCCUGACUUUCCCAUGGCUCAGGAAAGCAGACUGCAAAAGUUUAAGCUACCAAAACCAGUUCUCUGCAUAGGUGGGAUUCUGCAAGUAGAGCUACUAGGCAGAGCUCAGAGACAAGAAGUAGAUGGUUUACAUUACAUCUGUCUCUCCCAUGUUCAAGCAGCUGGACAGCAGCUCAUGAAACCAUUCGGCGUUGAGCUAAUCGACUCAACUGGAGAGUGCACCUUGGAGUAUAUUCCAGAAGCAGAAUCUAGUGAAGCGGCCAGUGCAUCACUAAGAGGGAGAAGAAUAGCAGCUUCUCUUUUGCGCAGUUUUGUUGUCAGACUGUUGGGAAGAGAAACAAGGGAUCAAGGUAACGCCUCCCACCAAGCUAGCUCCUGAAUGUGGAGAUUGUAGUAUCUGUGACUGGUCGUCAAUCAUCAGGCAUGAACUAAUUGAAUCCGUCUCUGUGCUAUGGCUUCUACUAUGUGGGUAUUCGUUCUCAUAGAAUACUGGUAAUAAUGAAAAUGUUUAUCAUAUUAGCUUACUUGUUUUCAUCAUAGUACAUUACAAAUUGCACGAUCCGAAACACAGGGUAAGGGCAGCAAUUACCUAGUAAAGCACAAUACUUUUGAUCCCUUCAAAGUCGGCACAAACGGUUCAGGGGAAAGAGGCUAAUAGCAAUUCUGUACAAAUGUAUGAUGUCCAAAAAAACUCAUUCAAUUAAAAACCAAACAGCUAAGCUAAGAGCUAAACCAGAAUUGGGUUAUUAUGCUUUCCAGUCAUAGCCCAUAGUAUCGCCAAGGUCACUGUUAAAGAACCCACUAUCCGAAAACUCGGCUGCGAUAUCUUGCAUGUCAUCCUGCAGCUGCUGCAAAUUCUGACUAGGCGAAUCCCCAACCUUUUGAUU